AUGCAGAGCCCUGGUGAGACCGCCCGUAUGCCUGCUCAGACCUCCCGCAGCCCUGGUACCGAGCGCCCCCCAUCUAUGGUGGUGGAUCGUCAACGAUCUCUAAUUCGGAAACUGAACAAAUACCUGAGCAGCAAAGACAAGGCCGGACCUCUGACCAUUUACAGGAUGAGAAUGGAACAUGUGAAUUGUCAGAAGAUAUGGAAUUUUGGAACAGCGAAAGCCGAUGGGGAAAACAAAGUGAUCAUGAUGGUUGGUGAGACCGGAUCUGGGAAGACGACCCUGAUCAAUACCAUGAUCAACUUCAUCUUUGGUGUGGAGUGGAUGGACGACCACCGGAUCCAGCUGAUUGCGGAGAGUAGUGAGAAGAGUCAAGCCCACAGCCAAACAUCUGGUGUCACCAUCUACCAGAUCAACCACGAAGAUGAAUUCCGAAUCCCGUACUCCAUAACCAUCAUUGACACUCCGGGGUUCGGAGACACCAGAGGGAUACAAUAUGACGAGAAAAUCAUGAGGAAGAUACGAGAAUUUUUUCGUAAAUGCCCAUUCACUGAAAUCGAUGCCAUUUGUUUCGUGGUUCAGUCUUCUUUGGCUCGGUUGACUCCAACACAGAAGUACAUCUAUGAGAACAUCUCAUCCAUUUUUGGGAAGGACAUCAAGGAGAAUAUAGUCUUCUUCACCACCUUUUCAGAUGUCCAGGAGCCAAAAGUUCUCUCAGCAAUCAUUGAGGCUGACGUUCCCUGUAAACGAUCCGAAGAUGGACAACCUGUGUACUUCAAGGUCAACAACUGCAUGACGUACGCAAAUAACUGCCCCGAUGAAGUGGAUGAUUGCGUCUACAUGGCCCAUCAACUACAGUGGAAGAUGGGAAUGAGAAACAUUGAGAGAUUUCUCAUACAAUUUUUGCCUGGAAUAGUCAGCAAAGACUUAAGUUUAACAAGGGAAGUCCUAGCGGAUAGAAAUGCUUUGGAGGUAACCUUGGAUGGGCUCGUCCAAAAAAUCGAAGAGUUGAUGUUUAAACAGCACGAACUGGAGCAAACGGAGAGAGCUCUGGAGGAAAACAAGGAGGAGAUCGAAGUAAAUGAGCGUUUUGAGUUCGAAGUGACGCAAUCUGUCAAAAGAAAGGUCGUCUCGUCCGUAAACUCAACCAACUGCGGAGAGUGCAACUCCACGUGCCACCAUGAUUGCCUCGUCUACUUCAACCCCUUUGUUUAUUUUUGCGAAGUUUUUAAUAUCAGCGGAACGUGUUGCGUGUGUGGGCAUGACUCCAGUGCACACUGCACAGAAAGGUCUUACUGGGAAAUUAUGGUGGAGCCCCAAAGGAAAAGCUAUUUAGAUGUAAAAGAAAAAUUUGAAAAGGAGGAGAACAAGGCGAUGACUCCGGCGGAUGUUCUCAGGAAGCUGAAGAACGAGAUUAAGAAGGCCGCGGAUGAGGCGCUGAAAAUUAUUCAGAAAGUUGCCAGGAUUCUCAGACACCUCCAGGAGAUCGCCUUAAAACCCAACCCCAUGUCUGCCGUGGAUUACAUCCGGCUGCUCAUCGAAAAAGAGAAGCGGGAAGGAAAGCCCGGAUUCAUGGAGAGGAUUAAAAUGCUGGAAGAAAGCAUCGGAAGAUUUGUUAUUAUCAAUACAAUUCAGUCUCAAGGAGCGGGGGUCAGCUGUGACGACACGUUGUCAGAACUGGUCACAGUGAGUCCUCCAUCAUGGACCUCCAUGGUUCCAUCUCCCCAGCAUAUGACCACCACCUUCUUCUCCAAACCAGCUGCUCUAUAUUGUGCCCCCGAGGUAUGGGUCGCCCUCCCCUGUGAAGAUGCUCGGCCAUAUGUUGUUCAGACCUGUCGUUACUUUGAUGAGGACAUCCAAGACCUGCGCCCACAGACGGGAAACACUCUCUUGCAGCGUUAG